GUACUCUCCCCUCACUACACACGCACGCAAGACUGUCUAUAUAUUUAGAGUGGUACUGAACCGAAUAGAGCAAAAAGAUAUCAAACAAAAAGGAAAGCUUAGUUUCAAUCAAUAAGGGAUAAAAAGAGAUAAGAGCACUCGAAUGCCCAUGUCAAAGAGAGCCCUGCCUUGAAGCCAUCAGCUAUGAAAGAGGAAGAUCAAGGAGAAUCUUCUCAGAAUAUCCAGAACCUUCAAGCCUACUAUGGAGGUGGAGGAGGAGGAUUGAAUGGCAUUGUUCCAGAAGUUUCUCCAUUCCAGCUUCCAUGGUCUCUACCUCCAGUCAACUCCUUCAACCCGGCCCACUACCAAGACCCGUUUCUACUCCAUCAUCCCCAACCUCCUCCGUCUUAUUCUACUUUCUUCAAUAGAGGACCUCCCGCGCUACAGUUUGCUUAUGAUCAUGACACGUCAGCUGCUGAUCAUCACCAUCAUCUUCGGAUCAUAUCAGACGCGCUUGGACCGGUGGCUGCCGCUGGUGGCUGCUCGGCUCCUUUCGGACUCCAAGCCGAGCUUAACAAAUUGACCGCUCAAGAAAUCAUGGACGCCAAGGCUCUCGCGGCUUCCAAGAGCCACAGCGAAGCUGAGCGGAGAAGAAGGGAAAGAAUCAACAACCAUCUCGCUAGGUUACGCAGCUUGCUCCCCAGCACCACCAAAACGGACAAGGCGUCAUUGCUGGCUGAAGUGAUACAGCAUGUGAAGGAGCUGAAGAAGCAUACUACGUUGAUCGAGGAAACCAGUCCGGUGCCAACAGAAAUGGAUGAGUUAACGGUGGAUGCAGCGGAUGAGGAUGGUAGGUUUGUGAUAAAAGCGUCGUUGUGUUGUGAAGACAGGACUGAUUUGUUGCCGGACAUUAUCAGGACAUUGAAAGCAUUACGGUUGAGGACAUUGAAAGCAGAUAUUACAACGCUUGGUGGGCGUGUUAAGAAUGUUCUUUUUAUUACUGGAGAUGAAGAUUCUGAAAGUGAACAACAACAGGCGCAGUAUUCAAUAAGUUCAAUACAAGAAGCGUUGAAGGCUGUGAUGGAGAAGAAUAGUACUGGUGAUGAUCAGUCUUCUUCAGGGAAUGUUAAGAGACAAAGAACCAAUAUUAAUAUCCUUUGAACACAACUUCAACCUUGUUUUGGCUUUCAUUUGUGUGGAUUGGUUUUCUUUCUUUUUCUUCUUCACAUUCUACCUCUCUUGUUUUUUGUUUUUUUGGGGGUGUGCUGACAUGUGUGUAUUUUUAGCAGUGAAGAAAACAGGUGAUGAUGGUGUGUUUUGUACUUGCAUGACUAGUAGUAUUCCAUGACGACAUAGGAAAUGAAUAGAGAGAGAUAUAUCGAUCUAUAGAACAUCAAGUGAGGUAGCGUUUUUGA